CUCACCUUCAUUUUCUUUUUUAUUUUCAGUUUUGCCUGCACCCGUGAUCCUCUCUUCCACGAUCCAGCGGUUUUUCUCUUUACAUUGCAGUUUAUUUUUUUUUCUCUUAGCUAUCUUUCAAACUCACAGCAGACGCCACUCACCUCUCUCUCGUUCUUCCUACGAUUUUUGGCUGAACCCGCAGCACGAAACUCUGUUUUUCUACUCCGAAACAGAGUACCCUGCCAACCACCAUGGAAGCCUAGUCCUCCACCCCCCUCUCGGCUGCUCCAUGUCUUGCUGUACCGCCGCGUAUCCUCCAUCCCGCAGUCUCUAUCCCCGACGACUUCUGCUCUAACCACUGGCUCUUUGCCCCUCUCGGUAAGACCCCUGACCACUGGCUCUCCACCGUUGGUCACCCCACUAUACAGAGCUCGUGCCUCCGUGAGCAACCAUCACAGGGUAUCUCCACCCUUCUCGGCUGUUCCCUCAAAGAAAACAAACAGCAUGAAGAAAAAUGAGAACGAGCAGGCGGCGGAGGUGAUGCUUUCGAAACCUCAAAGACCAUCUAGCGAGGUGAGCUCUCGGUAUCUCUCUCCAACUUCAGAGAUCACCUCGCAAGAAACAACGAGACUCCCAUCUCCAAACAGUCAAUCUUUCUCACCUAUUCGACGCAAACCCAAUACUUCCACCGAUACUGAUCCCUAUAGGAGCCUCGAGGAAUCCAGAAUCCUACAUGGACUAUGGCAUUCAUUGGCGACCAAAGAAAAUCAUAGAUCACCACUUGGAGGGUCUAUGAGAUAUACGAGAAAAUUAACGGCCAAAGAAAAUCAUGGACCAAGUCUUGGAGGGUCUUUGAGAUAUACGGGAAAAUUUGCGUUUCCAGGAAAAAGUUCUUCUGAUUCUUCGUUAUUGAAUUCGUGUAUGGGUUCCAAGUCAUAGUGGGUAUUGUCGCCAGGGCGAUUCGGUUCACUGCCAUUAAUGUCAGUGGAAAGUAAGGGGAAAUCGGUGCCAUUCUCUAGCUUGAAACCUCAGAGCAGUCCCUCGAAGGCAACGGGCGUGGAGAAAUUAAUCAACAUGGGAUUGGACUUGCUUAAACGUAAAAAAUCUUCUUCAUCUAGCUCACUGUCGAAGCGGCCGGGCAAUUUAGAAAAUGUUCAUCAACUUCGGCUGCUUCAUAAUCGGUUGCUGCUAUGGCGGUAUGCCAAUGCUAGAGCUGAGGCUGUGAAUGGGAGCAUAACUAUUCAGGCAGUGAGAAAAUUUAUGUGCGCUUGGGAUGCUCUCACAAAGUUGCAACAUUCUGUGGUAGAGAAAAAAUUACAGGUUGAGAAGGAAAAGGUUGACAUGAAGCUGAAUGAUAUACUCUCUCCCCAAAUUAAGCUAUUGGAAGCCUGGGAAGAUAUGGAAAGGCCACACAUAUCAGCAGUUUCCAGGAUUGUUGAGUGUUUGCACAUUGUUGUCAGCAAAGUACCCCUCACAGAUGGUUCAAGUGGGGACAUAGAAUUAGCUAAAAUUACACUUGGAAGGGCAUUGGAUCUCACAGCUUCCAUCAUGUCGAUUUGUACCAAUCUUGCACCCUCAACUGAAAACAUUGUUACCCUGCUAUCCGAAUUAGCAGAGGUCAUUGCUCAAGAAAAGUUUCUUUUAGAGUGGUGUCUGGAACUUCUUAGAACCACAUCUACCCUCGAGAUUCAUUUCAAUCUCUCUCUCUCUCUCUCUCUCCCCCCUCCCCUCCGCCGCGUUCUCUCCCCCAACUUGUUGUCCUUUCGCCCGCCUCACCCUCCGCUCGAACUGUGUGGCUCCAUCACUCCGGCACUAUGUAACAAAAGUUCUCGGUUGGCUUCACCAUUUCCGCACGGCUUUAGUCCUCCGUUGGCAUUCUUGAUGCUGACACCCACCAUCUGUCAUUUGGUGUUUGGCUCCACUGACAAGGGUAUUCAGACAUAUCUGAAAAGAUACCAGAGUUCAGCACCAAGAACAGAACAUUGGUCCUCCAAUACUCCAUAAGAUUUGAGCAGGAUAUUGAAUGUGGUGGUGGUUACAUAAAGCUGCUCUCUGGAUUUGUCAAUCAAAAGAAAUUUGGUGGGGACACUCCAUAUAGGUUUGUUUGUAAUGCA